AUGUGUUUUCUUUGUGGAUUACAAUCAUUAUUGUGUGGUACUAUUGAGUUUAACGAAGAUAUAGAUAAACCAGAAUCAUAUCCAGAUGAACCAACUAAGAUAAUGUGUCCUAAAUGUUCUACAUAUAGAAAUGCAACUUACAGGGAAAAAUUAACAGUUUUUAAUUUAUGUUAUCUACCAUUAUGUACUACGAGAAGAUCGAUCGCAUACUUAGCCUGUAAAUCAUGCAAGUUUAAACUAGGGUCAGCAGAUUACAAUACAUGUAGAUGUGGAAUAACAUCGAGUAUUUCAAGUAAUUUUUGCGGUAAUUGUGGACGAGGAAAAGAACAAUUUAAACUUGAAACAAUUAAAGGUGAAUCUGGUGAAUUCAAGAAACAACAAGUAGAAAAUAAAGAAAAGGAAAUCAAGAUAGUUGAAAGUGAUGAAGGAAUUAAAGAAAUAAUUAAAAAAUAA